AUGGUCAACGUCGUGUCGAAGCCGGCUCGGCAGGCCACCGCAUGCAACUGGUGCCGGGCACAUAAAAUGAAGUGUGAUACGGAGCAGCCCUCCUGUAGAAAUUGCCAUACUCGAGGCAUCGAGUGCAUCACAAUGGAUCUCCGCCGACCAGGUUGGGCUGGUCGUCGGCAGGAGCCUGUAGGUCGUCGAGGCAAACGAACCCCUCAACAGCAGAAGCGUUCUUCGGCCAAGCCGCAAGAAGCCCAGGUCCUUCGCCAGCCCUCUCCCUCUCCCUCACUGUCCCUCUCUAUUCCACCUUCACCUACUGAGAAGCUGCUGGCUCCCCUGGUGGCUCACGAUGUUCCGUUGCCAUCUAUAUUCAUUGCUCCUUUUAUCGAUGAAGACCAACGGCCGUCCCAGUCGGGGGCGAACAACGUUGUACCAAGUCCUAUAUCUACUACCUCUGGUUACAACACUGGUGACACUAAUCUCAUGGUUAUUAGAGAUAGCAGUUGCUCAAGGUCACAGAUAAUUGGCAGCGGCGGUAGCAGCAUGUACAUCCUGGUUCAGUGGCUUGAUCUUUUUUUUGCGAAAAAAGAUUUUUGGAAACCAAUCUUCCCAGACUUCCAGCGUGGUUUGGCCUAUUCGCUUGAAGUUCCACUUGGAUUCCCCACGUCAUUACCAUCUUUACCAACUCCAUCGAGACUCGAUGAGUAUCUCUCAAUCUUUUUUUCCAGGAUUUAUCCAAUCUACCCCAUCGUCGACCGCGAGGCAAUCUAUGCCUCAGUUGAGGAUUUGAAAAAAAAGCUCGAAUCCCAACCCCCAGCCCUCAAACCAAAAGAUUAUCCUCAGUUGGCUUGUCUCUAUGCUCUGUUAAGUGCCUCAGCCGAUGAGCUCGAAACCCAAACCACAGAAGUUGGUGCAUCCUACCUCCAAGGUGCUUACUUUCUAUACUCUCAUCUUGUCGCUAUGCCCUACGUCUCGUCAGUGCAAGCAUUACUGCUGCUGGCUGUUGUGUUGAGGAACCGUAAUAAAGACGGUGCAAGUUGGGAGAUCCUGGGACAGGCAAUCCGGAUGGCACAAUCCAUUGGCUUGCAUAGACAACUUGCUUCGACAGGAUCUUCUCCUCUCGUUAUCGAUGGAUCAGUGACGGAUAGCACCAGGGAUGGUGACCUCCAUUCACGAAUUUGGUGGACUGCAUACGUUCUUGAAAGAGCCAUGGAACUAGAUACAGGCAGGCCAUCUGCAAUCCGAGAUAGAGAAUGCGACCAAAUAUUACCGCGACCUGUUCUCCCACUGCACUCAUCGGGACCAUGUUUCGAUUACUUCGGUGCGUUGAUUCGACUUGCUCAAAUCCAAACCUCGAUCACUCAGCUGUACCACAAUACAAAGGAGCGCCGUAAAACAAAAGAGAUACUCUACGAAAUGGGUCGUCUAGACAGGGCUUUACUAGAUUUAGCGGCUACGUUUCCGGAAGAGAUUAGACCCGGUCGAGAUAUCCUAUGCCCUCCAGAAGAAUUCCACUUCGCAACGUAUUUCACUUUGCAAUAUCAUCAAAGUUGCAUUGCCCUGCACAGACCAGCUCUAACGUCGCCUACUGGCUGGUUGAGAAACCGCGUCAACCAUCUCUGCAGAGGGACACCCUGGAAAGUCAGAUUAAGAUAUUGUCUCUGCAUCGGUGCGGCAUCAGCACGGUCAAUUCUUAAGGCGUGGAAUGACCUGUUGCUCUACAGCACACCGUCUCGCUUGAUAACUCUCAAUCCAUUAAUGCUUGCCAUUCUUGUCCUCUCAAUUUAUGUAACCAGAAUUCCUUCAAGUUUAAUGAAUUACCCUGAUCUAGCAAUGGUCAUUACCUUUGCAGGAGCAGCCCAGCAGGAAUAUUCGAAGAUUGGACAGGACCCGGAGUUUGUCCAAGGACUAGAAGUACUGAAACAGCAGCUUUCCAAGCACAUUGAGAUAACGAACACACAACGCAGACCUGGAAACAUGGAAAUACAGGCUCCAAGUCUGACUUCAGACCAGCAGAUUUCUGAUCAGCUUUCCACUGAAGUUGACAUGGGCUUAGACCCGGGCCUUCUUGAUGACGCCUGGUCCUCACUUUGGACCGACGGUUUGAAUAACUUUCAUAUGAGUGAUGAUAACCACGGCAUGGUAAAUGCUUAUCUUCUUGGAUUAUCAGAUGCGGAUAUGGCGUUUUAGAACAGAUGGUAUUGUGUACUAAUUCGCAGCUAAAAUUUAUUUAAUUUGAGCACCGUUUCAAGUUCAAUUUUACAACCUUUGUUUUUCAGCAGAUUGAAAUACUCGUCACUCUUCCACAGCUCUAGAGGCUCCUAGUUGUCACCGACUGUUCCAGUAGUCGAUUCCAGCUUGUGGAAAUUGCGACCCCUCUUUGUCAAGAUAGUAAACCAAGAC